AUGGGCUCGCGGUCCACCGGGAAUAGCUGCACGUCCGCACCCGCGGCGCCCCGCGCAUGCAGAUGGCUGCCUAGGGCUUUCUCCGUGGAUUCGGACGACCAGGAAGAGCUGUCAGCGGGCGGCAGCGCUAUAAAAGCUGGCCGCGCCUCGUGCCUGCUCGCCGCCGCCCUGGCCGUCGCCUCCGCCACCCCCAAAGCCGGCCCUGGGCUGCUGGGCGCCGCCCCACUAGCCUACGCCGCCCCCGCCGCCCCCGUGGCACUGGCCGCGCCCGUCGUGAAGGCCCCUGCCCUCUACGCGGGUCCCAUCGCCGCUGCGCCCGGCCCCCUGGCCUACGCGGGUCCAGUCGCCGCCCCCGUGGCCGCCGCCCCCGUGGCCUAUGCCGCCCCUGCGGCCUACGCCGCCCCCGCGCUGCCGGCACACUUUGCCUACGCCGCCCCCGGCGUCCCAGCGCACUUUGCCUACGCCGCUCCUGCUCACCUGGGAUAUGCUGCAGCGCCAGCCUUCCUUAAGGCACACGUAUGA